CCACGUCCCUCCACUGGAGGCGCUGUGGUGCUGCUGCAGCAGCAACACGAGCAUCAGAAUUCAAGUGUCGGCUCUGUCUAUGAUGUUAACAGUCAGAUCGUAAUGGCGACUGCUGGAACAGCAGACAUGGGAUCAACAGCCCCGACAGGGACCAGCAGCAUUCGAAAAAUGGCCCCCGCCGAGAUGCCCGGCUCUUCAGGCAUGAGUAUGAAGAAGACCAUUGGACACCGGGGCGUUGAGACUACCACAGGAGAAACUACUUACAAAAAAACUACGUCAUCUGCCCUGAAGGGAGCAAUCCAAUUGGGCAUCGCUCACACAGUUGGCAGCUUAAGCCAAAAGGCGGAGAGGGAUGUUCUCAUGCAGGACUUUGUGGUUGUUGAAAGCAUCUUCUUCCCGAGCGAAGGCAGUAACCUGACUCCUGCUCAUCACUACAGUGACUUCCGCUUUAAGACCUAUGCUCCUAUCGCCUUUCGUUACUUCAGGGAACUGUUUGGCAUUCGGCCAGAUGACUACCUGUAUUCUCUGUGUAACGAGCCGCUGAUCGAGCUGUCGAACCCCGGAGCCAGCGGUUCCCUCUUCUACGUCUCCAGUGAUGAUGAGUUUAUCAUCAAGACUGUCCAACACAAAGAGGCAGAGUUUCUCCAGAAACUGCUGCCUGGAUACUUCAUGAAUAUAAACCAAAACAAGCGCACCCUGCUGCCUAAGUUUUAUGGACUGUAUUGCGUUCAGGCAGGCGGUAAGAAUAUCCGUAUUGUUGUGAUGAACAAUCUCCUGCCCCGAAUCAUCCCCAUGCACCUCAAGUAUGACCUGAAAGGCUCCACCUAUAAGAGACGGGCUUCCCCUAAGGAGAGAGAGAAGGCUGUCCCCACUCACAAAGACCUGGACUUCAUCCAGGACAUGCCUGAUGGCCUGCUGCUGGAAGCAGAAAACUACAAUGCUCUGUGCAAGACUAUACAGAGGGACUGCCUGCUCCUGCAGAGUUUCAAGAUCAUGGAUUACAGUCUGUUGAUGGGCAUCCACAACAUGGACCAGGCCAGCAGAGAGAAGGAGCGUAGCGGAGGCAGUUUGGUCGACAAUGCGGGGUCCGAAGGAGCAGUGACCCCAGAUCAGCGCCGACCACAAGCCCAGAAAAGUCUGUAUUGCACUGCCAUGGAGUCCAUCCAGGGGGAGGCUCGAGGGAAGGGAGCUUUGGAUUCAGAAGAUCACAUGGGUGGUAUUCCUGCUCGCAAUAGCAAAGGAGAGAGGUUGCUGAUCUACAUCGGCAUCAUCGAUAUUCUCCAAUCUUACAGGUUUAUCAAGAAGUUGGAGCACUCCUGGAAGGCGCUGGUCCAUGAUGGGGACACAGUUUCAGUUCACAGACCUGGCUUCUAUGCAGAGCGCUUCCAACAAUUCAUGUGCAACACAGUGUUCAAGAAAAUUCCACUUAAACCAUCACCAUCCAAGAAAAGCCGUGGUGGAGGUCAGGCAGGGCUUAGGAGGGCGCCCACUCUUGGAGCACCCACACCGCUCUCCCACGCGACAGGACAGUCAUCUGUGGAUUCCAGACUAGUUUACCACUCCCAUUUUAAAAGCACAGAGUCAGAGGCGGACAGUGGUGUGCAGUCAGGAAGGCCAGAUCUUGUUCCUAGGACUCCUCCGCUGGUAGACAACCCUGCAGACUGCGAGGCCAAUCUGUCCACCUCAUCACAAGGCAGCACAGGAGUUGUCUCCACCUCUCCUCCCCUGCGCUCUGUAGGCGUGGAAGUGCACAAAUCGGCAAACACGGACUGUGACCAGGCUGUUUCCCACAGUUUGGGAGUAGAAGGAGCUGCAGAUAAUCCAGGCAACCUGUCUGGAAAUGAAGAUGUAGUUUCUCUGUCGGACAUCGUCCCUGAGACCAACAUCUGUUUCUAAAAAACACUCCCAGCAAUGAGAGACUUCUGGAAACGGCGAGGUGGGUAGAAGAAAGGCAAAAUGAACUGGAGUCAGUCAUCCACCGCAGACCCUCCGUCGCUCCUCUGCUGUUUUGUGACCUCUGCAGUUUAUACAGUAGCCACUGAAUAAAACAGCAAGGUUUGCGACCGUGAGGAAAGCAGUGAUUUGGACAAUGUUGUGCGGUAGGCUCCAGACUUCCUCAGCCAUCAGCACUGUCACUGUGUGUACAUAUUUGUCCACACCUAUCCAAAACUGUCUGAUACACACUCAAAAAAAGGCUUGCGGCUCUGAAAGCGGCAGCUUUUUAAUAACUGCCAGCAUUACAUAGACUAGACAAAGAUUUCCCUUCAUGUCCGUCUGCAGCGAUGAUAUAAUAAACAAUAUAAUGAGUUGUAUAUUGUAUUGAAAAAAACUAACAAAAAAAAGGUCAGCUUCACUAUCACCAGUUGAUCGUGGAAGGCAGUCAAAUUAUCCCUUGAAGAGCCAGUCAUCCUGCCCACUAUCCACAGCAUGAGGAGAUGUGGGUAGGAGUGGGCAGGGACGGUUCAGCAGGAACACACACACAAAGCACAUGAAGGGCAUAGCCUACAUAGGAGGAAUGAAUGUUACUGUGCGUUCGUGCACAGUCGAGGUGGGUUCACAUUUCCGUGACUCCCACUCUGGCGUACCUGUUAUUGCACAUCCAUCUCCCCUCAGCACUCUAAGCUAUCCAUGGCUCUCUCACCGCCAUCGAUAGAAAUCCUUCAAAUCAACACCUGCUGCUGUCGACUCUGUAGUCGCGUUUGCGUUUUUCUUUACUGAUUGUACAGUAUUCGUUUAAAACAGCAGAGGGAUGGGGUUUUAACCCAACCUAUAUGGUCAUUUCUUUCUUAUAAGUUAUUUUUCUGGAAGCCUCAGUGGUGCCACAUAGAUCUUCCCACUGCUGAAUGUACAUUGUAGUGUUUUUAUUGCAUAAAAAAUGUGUCUUAUUACCAUGGCAGAUCACGUUUAUACUAACCUGAACAUCUCCCCUCUCUGUUUAUGGCCGUAUGUGCUGAAGUAUAAGUGUAGCAGCAUUGCUAAUCAGUAGAUGCUGUUGAAUUUAAUUUAAAGUUGCAGUGCGUCAUGUCUGUGCCUUCCUGUGUUUGCCCCUCCCCUUACAUGCGAUGAAAACUGACACUUUUUACAGGUGAGUGCUCUGGUUACACAGAAACCUGCCUUAUCACUACAGCUGAAGUUCUCAAACUGCCAUUUGUACGUCUGGACCAACCAGAGUCAGUUUUCAGACUUUCAGAUUUAAACUCUACUACAAUCUCCUUUUUUGGUUACGUCAGGUAUUCGGUCACUGCGGUUUUUCAUCUCAGCCAAUCACAUCGCUCCCUGUCACAUCAUACAUUGAAGGAUAUAUACCGGCCUCCUCAUUUCUGCUGGUUACAGAAAUGACACUCGCUCGCAUCCACUCAGACCAAUAUUAUUAACGAUAAGUAAUUUUUGUAUCGUGUUUUUAUGAAGUCUUGCUCAGCUUCAAUGUGGCUGUGUUUAUUCUACUGAAGUGAUUUUUUUUUUUCUAACCCCAUGAGAUAUUUCUGAUAGAGAAAUCACUACAAAGUGACUGAAGCAAAACUUGAGACAUCAUCUCAUUUAAGGAAUCGUUAUUUAUGUUUGUUGAGCACAUGUGGUCUAUGCAGCAGAGAGGCUUGGGAGGAAAAAUGAGCUGUGAAUAGAGAAAGAAGGAAAAUUACUCAUGUUCAUCAAUGCACAGCUGACGAUUUAAGAGUCUUUUUGUAUUAUAAGCAAGUCACCAAAGAGAAGAGCAGAGUAGACUGAAGAUUUAGUGCAGUUAACGUGAGGGUGAGGGCUUUAGAUUACUGCAUGGACUGAUGGUUUCUGUAUGGUAAUAACACUGGGCUGACCUGUGUUUAAGGAUUUAUUAUUAAACUGGAUGUUAUGGUUUUUCCUGAAUCAUUUUGUGUCCGAUAAGUUUUAUCUGACAUAAAAACCAGAGAAUGAUAACAUUUCUUUGUCAAUCAUUUCUUCAUUUCAAGAUUUAUCUCCACAUUCCUGCGAAAUUCAUUCAUUUGUGGUAGCAUUUAGGACCUUUUAGUUGUACUUGAAAUGAAAUAGUUUUGGUAGUUUGCUGAAAUGUAAACUAAUCAGUUAUAGACAAUUAUAAUACAAAAAUGAAACGCCACAGCCAACAGAGUAAACACUCUGACAGUGUCUUCAGAUCAGAACGAGUCCGGGUUUGAUUUUGUGAGAGCUGGAUUUUGAUCUUUUUAUGUGAUGACUUCUUUAAAUUGGUGGCACUGGUUAAUUGCUGGCUGCACACCAGUUUUGCUGGAGUAAUGUACUACACCGUGACAAAAGGAAAAACCUCCUUUGGUGCUUCUAAGGCAGAACACUCAGUAGUUGACACUACGAUGAAUUUGAAGUAAUGCAAUAUGAACCACAAUCUGCCACUUUUCAGCUCUAAGAAGCAUAUUUAUUGAUACGACUGAUUGCUGUAGGUUGAAGUGAUGUGUUAUGUACCUUUUUAGAUGAUUGUAAGUAAAGUGUAUACUGACAGAAGGAUGUCUGAAACUUUAUAGCAUGUGUUGCCUAUAAAGGGAGACUGUUUGACAAUUUCACUUUUUAUAUUUCAUGUUUGGAUUGUGAUAUGAUAGAUAUAUUCUCUCCAUGAUGAUUUUCUCCAUGCUUUUUUCUACAUGAAUGUGUUAUACGGCUCUUGAGCCACCGUUGCUGGUUGUCCUAUAUGCUUCGAUUACUAUAUUUUUACUGUGUACAAAAUGUGUAUAUGUACAUAUGAGUCACGGAAAUGCCUUCUCAUGCGAUAUGUGCUGCCUGUCCCUCCGGCCAUGUUUCAGUUAUGUGGUGGUGGUGAUGUUUUCAUGUCUGAUUUUAAAUGAAUAAACACGUUUUGUAAGUCUUCA